GGGUCCAAGCUAAAUCCCCACCACUGUAACAGGGAAGAGGAGACAAGAGUGGGCCCGAGUGGGGAAGAAGGCUACUUUUUCCUUUAUCUUUUUUCUUUCUUUUUGCCUUGUCUAAUGAUAAGCUCUUGGAGAUGGUGAGUGAGGAAGAUCUCCAAGGAGAGGCUCAGCAGUGCUUAAGCUCCCGCAUGGGACCUGAUCACCCAGCCUGCUGCUUUGGGCCCCCAUUAUGUCAAAUUCUAACUCUGUGAACCACUUCCGGGUCCGUCCAGCCGAGCCGCGGGACUGUCCAGAUAUUCUGCGUCUCAUCAAAGAACUAGCUGCUUAUGAAAACAUGCCCAAUGCAGUGAUAAUAACAGAAACAGAUUUACUUCGCGACGGUUUUGGACCACGUCCUUUUUUCCACUGUUUAGUAGCAGAGGUGACAAAGGAAAAUGAUUUGCAUGAUGCUGAUGUGGUAGGCUUUGCUAUGUAUUACUUUACAUAUGACCCUUGGAUUGGCAAGUUAUUGUACUUAGAAGACUUCUAUGUCAUGGAUGAAUUUAGAGGUUGGGGCAUUGGAACAGAACUCUUAAAACGAUUAAGCCAGAUAGCAAUUGAUACCAACUGUAGUUGCAUGCACUUUCUUGUUGUUGUUUGGAACAAACCGUCCAUAGAAUAUUAUAUGAGGCGUGGGGCUUCAGACCUUUCCACUGAAGAAGGCUGGCAUCUCUUUCGAUUUGACAAAGAAAAUCUAAUCAGAAUGGCUGCUGGAGAAUAAGGAGGACAAUUGCUGUUUUAUCCUCUGAAACAUGGGGUGCUCUAAGGCCAUCAGGUUUGCAAAUCUCCCUCACAACAAAACUUUUCAUUACAUCGCUGUCUGUAAAGCAGGGUAGCAAUAGCAACAUAAAUUAAAAGUGAUUUGCCUUAUUUUUGAUAUGUUGCUGCCAUCAUUA